AUGGCGCGCACACGUUCGAAACCCGCAAAGGCCGCACCCAAAGAAUCCACCCCCGAACCUACCACCACGGCAAAACCGCUGCCCGCAAGCACAUCGAACCCCCCGAAACUGUUUGUUCUACCAAAAGACACAUCCAAAGACGCGCGCAUAGUCAGCCUCGACAACCCCGCAAAUGAUACACCAUCAAGAUAUUUCUUCUGCCCUGAGAAAGGCUUCUACGAGUUCACGCGCAUCGCUGCGCCGAAGAAAGACUUCAAGAGUUGGUUGAUAACAGGGGAGAAGAGCGAGGAUGACACCAUAGAGGAAGGAGAUGCCUCACGGAUAGGCAGCGGCUACAUCACCAAAUCCGCCGACCUCUUCAUCGCAACACCAAUCGACAUCCUCUUCCUCAUCCUCCCUGCCCUCACACCAAAGUCAGCAAAAGACACGAAACAGCACUUCCUCGCCUUCGAUGACUACCUCGACACGCUCUCAUCCGCUUCACCGCAUUGGAAAGCGCUGUUAUCACAAUAUCCUACCCUGAAGACUAUGAUAGAAACCAAGAUGCGAAGGAUGUGCGACACAGUCGACGCAGGCGAAGAGUCCAUGUACCGGCUCUCGCACCCCAAACUUCUCGAAAUCCUCGUCUCAAAAGCCGAACGCAUGGUCAAGAAAGGACUGCCACCGUCGAUGGAGGAGAGAUUUAUCAAGACAGCUCUGGAAAUACCCAUCAUGAGCAUAAAGCGCGAGGAAAGCACACCAAGCACCGUUUCAGCAACAGAUGCAGCGUCAGAGAAGGAGAACGACACAACGACGACCUCACAAACGAGCGUCACAACAACAACAACACCCCCCUCCGACGCCCCCACAAAACCCACCCUCACAACCCCCACCGAAAUCCCCCACCUCCUCCGCCUCCGCACAUCCCUAACCUACCUCCUCUCCUCCUACACCCCACCAUCUCUCCGCACCCCCUUACUCGCUCUCCUAUCCGCGCGCUUCGCACCCCUCGACACCCAUCUCUCCGCCAUCGCGACCCUCAAAUCCGAAGCGCUGUCCCUACGCUCCAUCUCAGACAACAUCUCGCGGAAGAGAGCGAUUGAAGAAGACGAAGAGAAGAUUGCCGAAAGGGAAGAAAAGAAGCGGAAGAAGGAGGAUGAGGAGAGGAAGAAGAAGAGUGAGGGGAGGGGCGUUAAGGCGCUUAAGAAGGUCGAUACGAGUGGGAUGAAGAAGAUGAGUAGUUUUUUUAGUGUUAAGCCGAAGGCGAAGUAG